AUGAAUCAUAGUGAGUUCCGUUCUGAGCAAUUAAAGAACUCAGAAGAUACUGAGAAAAAGUUCCUUAACAGGCCUAGAGGUAAGAGGCCUAGAGGGAGACCCAGGAUGUCCAAAAACCUAGAAAUGAAUCACAGUGAGUUCCAUUCUGAGCAAUUAAAGAACUCUGAACAUACUGAGCAAAACAGGCCUAGAGGUAAGAGGCCUAGAGGGAGACCCAGGAAGUUUAACAAUCUAGUAAUGAAUCACAGUACCUUCCGCGCACAGCGUUUAAAGAACUGUGAACAUACUGAGCAAAAAUUGUGUAAGAGACCAAGAGGGAGACCCAGGAAGUUCAACAACCUACAGGUGCAUCCCAGGGACAUUAAACCGGGAAUAUCUACUGAUACAUUGGAGAGAAAGGAAAGAUUAUGGUGCCACCAGUGCUUACGGAAUGACAGAAAUGGUGUCGUCAUUUGUUUAAAGUGCAGAAAGAAACGAUAUUGCUAUGACUGCCUUGCAAAAUGGUACCCUGGGAAGACAAAACAGGACAUAGAGAGUUCUUGUCCUUAUUGUCAUGGGAACUGCAACUGCAGAAUAUGCCUCAAGGAGGACAUAGUUGUGAUGGUUGGGGAUGAAGAAACAGAUACAAAUAUUAAAUUGGAAAAGUUACGUUACUUACUGUGCAAAACUCUGCCUCUCCUUAAGCAUAUUCAACAGGAGCAGAGAUCUGAAUUAGAUGCAGAAAGCACUAUACGUGGUGUACAAUUGAUAGAAGAGAAUCUCACAAGGUCUAUACUAGAGGAUGAUGAUCGAGUGUACUGUGACAAAUGCAAUACAUCCAUUGUCAAUUUCCACAGAAGCUGCCCCAAUCCUGAUUGUUCUUAUGAUCUCUGUCUCACUUGCUGCUGGGAACUAAGGAAAGGAUGUCAACUUGGAGGCAGUGAAGCAGAAUCUUCUGUUAAACAGUUUUGUGAAGGAAAUGGUAAAAGUACAAUAUCAGAUUGCCAGAGUCCUGAAAAUGUGAAUGAAAAUAAACCGCAGACCUUACUAGUAAAUGAGUUCACAAAUGAUAUAGCUUCUGAGUUUCCUCAUUGGAAAGCAGAGGCUGAUGGUAGGAUUCCUUGUCCACCAAAGGCACGGGGAGGUUGUGGUACCCAGUUACUUGAACUAAGACGUACAUUUGAAGCUGAUUGGGUUGAAAAACUAAUUUUGAGCUCCGAGGAUCUCACUAUUCAUUAUCAACCAUCAGAUGUUGAUUUUUCUCAAGGAUGUUCUGCAUGUCAUUCUAUCAGUUCUGCAUGCAAUGGUGUAAACGCUUCUGAAGUGAGGCAUGCAGCUGAUAGAAUGAACUGUCAUGAUAACUUCAUUUACUGCCCGGAUUCUGUACAUUUGGGAAACAAUGACAUUGAGCAUUUUCAAUUACACUGGAGGAGAGGGGAACCAGUUGUAGUUAGAAAUGUACUUGAAAAGGCUACUGGCCUUAGCUGGGAACCAAUGGUGAUGUGGAGGGCUUUUAUGGGAGCAAAAAAAGUAUUGAAAGAGGAGGCCGCGAAGGUCAAAGCCAUUGAUUGCCUUGAUUGGUGUGAGGUUGAGAUUAAUAUUUUUCAGUUCUUCAAAGGCUACAUAGAGGGUCGUAGAUACCCUAAUGAGUGGCCUGAGAUGUUGAAGCUGAAGGAUUGGCCUCCGUCAAAUCUCUUUGAAGAGUGUUUGCCAAGGCACGGUGCUGAAUAUAUGGCCAUGCUUCCCUUUAGUGACUAUACCCAUCCCAAAUCAGGUGUUCUAAAUCUAGCAACAAGGCUUCCUACUGCUUUGAAGCCAGACUUGGGUCCUAAGACAUACAUCGCUUAUGGAACUAUGGAGGAGCUUGGUAGAGGAGAUUCAGUAACAAAACUGCAUUGUGACAUCUCUGAUGCUGUUAAUGUGUUGACACAUGCCACAGAAGUAAAGAUCCCUCCAGAGCAGGGAAAAAUCAUUGACAGAUUACAGAAGGAAUAUGAAGCUGAAGAUGAAAUUAUUGAAGGAACUUCAUGUAAUGAUAAACGCUUUGAGCAUUCAAAUGUGACAGAAGACAUGAAUUUUGUCCUUGGGACUGAUCCGUCUCAGCAAAAAACUUCAGGAAAUCUUAUCAGCAGAAAAGAGUCCAUGGAGUUUGGGUCAGAUUCAAAUAGAAGUGCUCGAAGUGAUUAUAAAUCAGACUUGGUAUAUGGAGGCGCUGUUUGGGACAUUUUUCGUCGGCAAGAUGUACCCAAGUUAAUAGAGUACCUGCUAAAGCAUCAGACAGAAUUUCGCCACAUUAGUAAUCUUCCUGUAAAAUCAGUUAUUCAUCCUAUUCAUGACCAGACCCUUUAUCUAGAUGAGAAGCAUAAAAGAAAGCUAAAGGAAGAGUUCGGUGUUGAACCUUGGACAUUCGAGCAACACCUUGGUGAGGCUGUUUUCAUUCCUGCUGGAUGCCCACAUCAAGUGAGAAAUAGACAAUCGUGCAUUAAAGUGGCCCUUGAUUUUGUUUCCCCCGAAAAUGUUCAAGAAUGCAUUCGGUUAACAGAGGAGUUUCGAUUGCUUCCAGAAAACCAUAGAUCGAGGGAAGAUAAACUGGAGGUGAAGAAGAUGGCACUGUAUGCAGCAAGUGAUGCCAUAAGUGAAGCUGAAAUUCUGAAGUCCAGAAUCAGUUAACUAAAUGAGACAGCAAAGGUGAUUCAAGUGAUUGACAGGGCCAGUUGGAGGAAAUGUGUUGUUGUAGAUUUUUAAUGACUAGGGUUUUGUAUAGCUGAUAGGUUACAGUUUUGGUAAAUGCCUGCAUAUUUCGCUACCUCCUAAUUUCUCCUAGAUUAGAUCUUGAGUUAUAAGGCCCAAGUUUUUGGUAAUAAUUGUCAGUUUCAUCACUUGGCAGCAAGCACAUGUUCAUAUGUUGUAGCCUAAUUUGCUGCAUUGAUUGUACAGAAACGAACAAUCCAUGUUGUAGCCUAUUUUGUUGUAUAAGUAUUGAUUUCCUUG